GACACGACGAUUCUUUCGCGUUCACUACGUAUAAAAGCCCCGUCAUCCACUCAGCCGCUCCUCAGGCGGGAGGAAGAGAAACAGAAGAGGAGACGCAAGAACUUGUGAGAAAGAGGAGGUGAAAGCCAGAGCAAUGUCAAGCAGUCUUGGCUUCAUGGCCUCCUUCAGGCCUGGUUCAAGCAUCUUUAUAGCGCCUAAAGAUGCUAAAGUUAAACAGAUGCCAGUUGGAGCUGUUUCAGCAAGAUACAAGAAACCAUUGGAGGAGCUCUAUAAUGUUCGAGUCGAAAGGAAAGCAUCAGAGGAAAGGCUUGAAGAGCUGGGAGUUUCGAGAUGGUCAAUAUGGAAAACUGGCAAGUGUAAGCUGCCAUGGGACUGGCAUGUGGAUCAGCAGGUUUACAUUACUGAGGGGAGCGUGAAAGUCUUCCCUGAGGGCUGCAAGGAGUGCAUGGUCUUCAAUGCUGGUGACUUGGUUAGGUAUCCUAAAUGGUUUGAAGCUGACCUUCUGUUUGAUGGACCAUAUCAGGAGCAUUAUAGAUUCCGAGCAUAUGGCGAUGAUUAAGGAACUUUUCCCUGAGUCUGGUAGUUUGCCUGUCCAUUGAUACACAUUUACAGAUAGCUGUCUAGCUUAACGUAUAGUACAGCAUUUAUUUUAUGGUAUAGUGUUACUUCUUGAUGCUAAGAAAAGCAUAUUGAGUAUAAUGGAUGUGGUUGGGUGCAUCUCUUUAGAAUGAGACCCUUCUUGAACCGAUUUGAUUUCUGAUAGGGAGGCCCGGCCAGGGAAGUUGGUUGCUGUCUCAGAGAUUUUCAGUCAGGUUCAUAAGGGAAAUAGAUCAGAGAAUUCUGAUGUUUGUUUUCUGUCAAGUUCUUCUCAAAAUGGUAGAAUGGUUUUGAUUA